CCUGUUUGCGGCUGCGUCUCGGCGGCAAGAUGGCGUAUUUGUGAGAAGGGCUAGCACGUGGAAAAGCGUGAACGAGAGGGAAAAAAGGUAAUUGUUGUAAAAGAGAGAAAUACUGCGACAUAAAUCUUAGAAUGACAGAUGUCAAAAUAAAGGCAACGAAGAAAAUGAAAGAAAAGACAGAUUCGCAAGUCUCGCGAAAGCGGAAACGAGUUAGUUCGCUGGUGGAGAAUGAGGAGGAAUCUUCCAAGGAUUUUGAUCUCAAGGAGUUGUCGAAGAAACAUAUCUCGCAGUGCAUCACUGCGAUUUUUCACUUGACUCAGGAACAGUUAAAAAAUAAGAAUGAUCUUCUAGCUACAGAAACACAGCCAAUAUUUAUACAAGUGACCUGCGUCAAGAUCCCAAAAAUGCCUCGCAGGCAAAUGAGAAUUUUAUUGCCAUAUUCGAUAGUGGCAUCAAGCGAUGAAGUUGCUCUGUUUGUUUGUGAUUUGCAAAGAGGAAGAAGAAGAGAUUACGAACCGACAGUAGAGCACUACAGAAACCUGUUGGAUGAGCAUGGAUGUACUCGUGUGAAUGACAUAAUACCUAUAAAUCGGGUGAAAAACGAAUUUGAUCAAUUUGAAUUGAAGAAAAAGCUCAUAGGCAGUUACGAUCAUUUCCUCGUCGACGGUCGCAUCGCCGGUCAUAUGUCGCACUUGUUGGGAAAGCAUUUCACGAAGAGACGAAAAUUGCCGACAUCUAUCAGGAUGGAAAGCAAAGAUUUGAAGCAUGAAAUCGAUUACGCAUUAAGAAAAACCAGCAUGCAGCUUCAUUCCAAUGGCGACACACAUUUGGUACAGAUAGGGAAUACGUCUAUGAGUAAAAAGGAAAUUUUGAAAAAUAUACUGGCCACUUGCAAAAAUCUGUCUAAGAAUUAUCCUGGCGGUUGGGCGAACAUACGAGCUCUUCGAUUGAAAAGCACAAGCACUCUGGCACUGCCUUUCUUUAUGACAUUAAAGAGUAAAAAUACAAUCAAUCUAAGAGAGAUUAAGGUAUCAGCAAAAAGACCAAAAGCUUAUCACGAUGUGGAAGGAGAUCUAUCAACGAGUCAGCGCCCUACUAAAGUUACUGUUAAGCCUGAUGGAGAAGUUAUCAUCAACAAAAAGAAAAAACUGCAAAACAAGAGCGCAAAGAAAGACAAAGAAAUUAAGAAUUAAGACAAUAUGUAGAAAUUAUUGUUAUAUUUUAAUAACUUAAAAUCUAGUAAAAAACAAUUACAAAAA